AUGACACGUGCAGUGGAUUUCUUCGAGUGCAUGGCGCUCCAGUACAUGUAUCUUGACAAGGAAGAUGUGCCUCGCAUCAGGAAUGCAGUCACCAUCAAUCCCGACAUGCCUUUCAUGGAAGACAACCUCCAAAGGAUCUUCGUAGUUGGAAACAUCAAGGCUGCAAAAAUGCGAGACAUCACCAUGUACAUGGUUCAGAAGACAGCCUACCUCAUGACGCAGGGCUUUGCGUGCGCCUUCAGGAACAUGACGAAGAACGAGACGGAACGAGCUCUCAUCGACUCCCUUGCCGAAGGUACCAGUGUGGAAAAUGUCUUUGACGUGCUGCGAAGGGGCUUCAUUAAGCAUCUGCUGGUACAUGCGCACCAUGCCUACCUCAGCUCCAUCAGUGAUCACAGCCAGUUUAUGCAUCAAGUCGGCUCAUUUUGCCGAAGUGAUGUGCAACUUUGUGGAGAUUCUGGGGCGUGGUUACAUGACGCUUUGGAGAAAGAAAUCGGUCACCAGCUUGGCCAACUUCUGCGCCAUCACGAGGCCGUGGACAAGGGAAUCAAAGAAGGGCUGCGUGUACUUGGAGGUCUUCCCAUGCAGAAGUCUUUGCCUUCUCGACUGGUACAAAUUGUGAACAACAUGCAGGACCAAGGUAUCUUUGAUUCCCAGGAUUUUAAGUUGCACCAUUUGCUCGGCAUGACCGCCGUGGCGUUCGCCUUCUUUGCUCCUCGGUUCUCAGCCGCUGUGAUCAUGCGAUGCAUGUCUGGGCUGCUUGGCAGUCUCAAUUCCACGUACUACAGGCACUCUUACGAGGAGAGUGUUCACAAGGAGCUCACCAAGGUUUUCAUCGAUGGUGAUCUCGCUGAGCGUGUGGAAGUCCUCAGGCAGCAUGAAGCUGAGCUAGAGGUGGAAUACAACGAUCUCUGCCAUGCGCUUGAGAAGUUGCGCAGGCUGCGUUGA